AUGCAUCGCACGACGAGAAUCAAGAUCACCGAGCUCAACCCUCACCUCAUGUGCGUCCUGUGCGGGGGUUACUUCAUCGACGCCACCACCAUCAUCGAAUGUCUGCACUCGUUUUGCAAAAUGUGCAUCGUCCGUUACCUGGAAACCAGCAAAUAUUGUCCUAUCUGCGACGUGCAAGUUCACAAAACCAAGCCUCUGCUCAACAUUAGGUCUGACAAAACUCUGCAGGACAUCGUGUAUAAACUGGUCCCGGGCCUGUUUAAAAAUGAGAUGAAGAGAAGAAGAGACUUUUAUGCAGAGCAUCCUGUUGAAGCUUCUAAUGGUUCCAACGAAGACCGAGGAGAGGUGGCAGAUGAGGACAAGAGAAUAAUCACAGAUGAUGAGAUCAUCAGCCUCUCCAUUGAGUUCUUUGACCCGAGUGCCAGUGGACUUGGAGACAAGCAUUCGAAAAAAGAUCAGAUGGCAAACAAAAGGUACCUGCAGUGUCCUGCAGCAAUGACCAUCAUGCAUCUGAGGAAGUUCCUGCGCAGCAAAAUGGACAUCCCAAACACAUACCAGGUAGAAGUCAUGUAUGAAGAUGAACCUCUGAAAGAUUACUACACAUUAAUGGAUAUAGCGUAUAUCUACACUUGGAGAAGGACGGGUCCACUCCCGCUCCAGUACAGAGUUCGGCCGAGCUGCAAGAAAUUGAAGGUCAGCCCUUCUCAGCAACAGCAGAAGGAGGGCGUCCACCGCUCCGGUCCGGAAAGCGACUCGGCCAGCGACAAAGCUGGAAGUCCCGCGGGAGCGCCAUCCACGUCCUCCUCCCUGCCGAGCCCCGGCGGCGGCGGCGAGCCGGCGCGGUCCCCGCUCCUUCCUCCUCGCGGCCCGGGCAGCAACGUCAACGGGAGCCCGGCGGCGGCUCCCCCGACCCCCGGCCGCCCUUUCGGGCAGCUCGGCAGCGGGAAGCCCCGGAAGGUGUCUCUCAACGGCUCGGCCACUUCGUCCGGAUGA